AUGGAAGAUUCUGAUCCAAAGGAGAUUCAAGAUAAGAGUAUAAGGGAAAGACUGGGGACGUUGAUGCACCAUAAAGUGAUGCAUACUAUUUCCAUGUGUCUACUCUUUUUGGACGCCAUCUUUGUUCUGCUUCUCCUCCUCGUGGACCUUGACGUUAUACCAGUGUUUGAUGAUGAUGAGAACCAUUCCAAGAAAGAAGAAAUAGAAAACGGCCUUCACUAUACAAGUCUAACGAUAAUCUCAUUGUUUGUUCUGGAGGUAACACUUAAAAUCAUUGCUGAUGGGGCCAGCUUCUUCAAAAAGAAACUAGAGGUGCUCGAUGGAAUAAUAGUCUUUGUGUCCUUUGUGUUGGAUAUCGCUCUGUCUCUGUCCCACGUCAGCAAUCUUGUGAGAGACGCUGUUAUUCUGUUGAUCCUACUCAGACUCUGGCGCUUCUUUAAGCUCCUAUUUUCUGUUAACACGUUUGUGAGGAAAGACAUUCAGAAACAGGUCGACGCCGAGAGAGAACUUCGUCUUCAGGCAGAGAAAGAGCGAGACGACGCCCUAGAUAAACUCAAAACCACUGAAGAACAGUGCCAACGAUCUAUGGUUCUUAAUAGUAAGGAAGAAAUAAAUCAAAAUGAGAAUAACGCUACAUAA